AUGCCUCACGCUGCGCAUUCAUUUCCUGCUAGUACAGCUCCUUUUCAUGGUCUGAACACAACGACAGCUGGCUCUGGCAUGUAUGGAGCCGUGUCGUUUGAUCACCAAGCAUUUCAAAUACCAGAGGUUGCAGCUAGCGACAGCCAUGAUAGUUACAUCUCAUAUGGACAAGCUCAGCAACCAACUACAGGACAGGAAAACGAAGCGAAUCUAAAUGAUCUGUUCAACCAAUACCAAUUGCAGACCAGGCAGAUUUUCACACUCGUCAAGGAUCGUCAACUAAAACCAACAGCAAACCUACUCCUCCAGAUAUCAAAGUUCUUGAUAGGCAAUGCAGGAAACCUGGGACUCGAUCGAGACGACAAAACCCAAUACCAAGACCGGCUUAAGCUGUGGGAUACCUUCAAUCACUGCUGGUUGACCGUGUUGCAUUCCCAGCACAAGACGACUCAAAUCAUGGCUCGAACUAGACAGCAGUUGCCGCUCGGACAGUCAAUCCUUGACUUUGAUGACCUCGAGACCCUUGGGCAAGAGAUCGUGCAGCUUUGCGAUGGUAUAGAGAAGACAGGUUUGGUCGACUACCAAAUGGGCGUAGCCGAGGAGCGAAUCGUCGACCGUGAUGUUUAG